GUCUUUCCCCUCUAGUAAAUAAACUAGUUCUACGGAUUCAUACACAUACUAUUCUAUAUCGUCUUACUACGCACCAUGUCUCUCCCAGUGUCUUCGCCACCGCCACAGCCCUACCCAACCACCCAGUCGUACUUCCAGCUAGCAACGCCUCCAACCACGAGCUCGCCUCCCCCUAGCUACCAGCCGCGCAGAGACGGUCCCCUAGAGCUAUGGCUACCGCUGCCGGCCCGGCGCUCGCCGAACCUCGACGACCAGAUCCUCUUCGGAUACAGCAGAUUCUGGGUGCAUGGGGCUAGCAAGGACACGCUCGAAGCAUCUUACCGUACUAUCGCUGAGACGUUUCUACUGCCGCGGCGGACUGAUACAGAGGUGAACGUCCUUGCGCUGGUGCGCGAUUGGUUACAAAAGGUCGACGGCAACCCCUUUUUAAUGGUCAUCGACAACGCUGACAACGCUGGCAUUUACUCCGGUAAUGCGCCAAACGAUGAGGGCCUGGCAUCGUACCUACUAAAAUACGAUCACGAAACGCAGAAGCUCAUCGGAAACGGCAAGUGGAUUCAGCAGGUACCAGCCAUGGAGCACGACCAGGCGCUCCAGCUCUUGCAGAGGAGACUAGGAAGCGACGACGACGAGAGCGACGCAAAAGACUUGAUCCGGGCUCUAGAUCACAUACCGUUAGCUAUCAGCCAGGCUGCGGCGUACAUCCACUGCCGGAAGCCCCGAGUAACACUCCGGUCGUACCUGAAAGAAUUCAACGGGAGCCAGAAGCGGAGGAAAGGAUUGCUACGCAGCGACAAGGGUGAUCUUGGGCGAUAUGGAGGCGCGUCUAACUCCGUACUUCUUACAUGGCAGAUAACAUUCGACAGAAUCCGGCAGGAUCACCCGCGCGCUGCUAACCUCCUCGCUCUGAUGAGUCAAUUUCAACCACAGAACAUACCCGAGAGCAUGUUGCACGGGUAUGACGAUACAUCCGCUGAUAGCCACGGCGAUCAAGAUAAUGCGCGCGUUAGCGUUAGCGACAAUAGUAGUGAGGGAUUGGAAUUCGAGAAUGACCUGGACGUUCUCUGGGGCUACUCCCUUGUUACGGUCAAAACUGGGGGGUUAUGCGAUGUGCACUCACUAGUUCAGUUCUGCAGCCGCUCGUGGAUAGUAGAGUAUGGAGACCCUGCGCGAUGGAGCCGGCUGUUCUUGCAGCUGGCAGCAGAUUAUUUUCCAUGCGGUACGUUCGAGACGUGGGGGCUUUGCCAAAGUCUUCUUCCACAUGUUGAGCCUGUGCUGGCAAAGAUACCCAAACAGCUGAGCGAUCUCGAUUGUCGGGCCGAACUAUUGACAAAUAUGUCGUGGUAUAUGCUUAUGAUUGGCGAAUAUUCACGAGCAGAGUUCUUCGGAGAAGAAGCGGCUCAAACAAGAAAGGACAUCCUGGGAUUUAGCCAUUCCUCUACGCUGACGAGCAUGGCCAACCUGGCCUCGACAUACAGGAACCAGGGCCGGUGGGAGGAGGCAGAGAGGCUUGAGGUGCAGGUGAUGAAGACUUUCAAGACGAAGCUUAGGGCGGACCAUCCUGACACGCUGACAAGCAUGAACAACCUGGCCCACACUUGGCAGCGUAUGGGAAUGGUACUGGAAGCUACUGAAUUAAUGCGCGAAUGCGUUCGCCUAAGACAACGUAACCUGGGCUUGAAUCACUCACAUACGAAGGCUUCUGUUUCUACUUUAAACGAUUGGGUUAGCUAG